AUGAGGUUUGAUUUUGUUUCUGUAUUACCGAUCAAACAUGGUUUGAGGUUAUCUGUACCAUUUUGAGCUUGAUUUUACUAUUUUCUUUCAUGGUUUAGCCUUUUACCAGAACCUGAAACUACAGAUGCAAUAGCGUUUCCCUGGAGUGUACUUGUAGUCUUGUGCUAUGAGGAGGUGUGUGGGAGUCAGGAAAUUUUACACGUCUUUAAUGGAUCGGUUUCCGGCCCUCUAUAGAUUGAGAUCAGUUUUAAACCAGUAGUUAGCUUACCAAUGCUUGAAGAGGAGAGACAGGGCAGAUUUAAAUUUGGCUGGAAGGGUCUAUGUUGAAUCUUCUCUCUAACUCCCUAUGCUAUAUUAUAAUUCAUUACCAUAAAAUUUCUGGCAAGCCAUGUGCUUAGUGAUUGUCUCAAUGCAUUGCAUUACUGAUUACUAGCUUCUUGUCUUUGUAUUUGAGCCAACUAAUAUUCCUUUUCUUACAUAUCUGGUUUGAAACAACGGUGCUAUUAUCGCACUCUAAAUUCCAUCCUCUAUUACUGAGGUUGUCAAGAACCUUGAUGUGGAACAGGCUUAAAUGCUUUAAGAUGAAGAACAAUAAUUAGAACCUUAGGCGACAUUCUUACCACCAAUUAUAAUGAGAUAAUCAACAGAUCAACUCAUUUAGAGUGAAACUAAAAGCUGUAUUACUAUAGGCGUAUUGGUUUUGAAUGUCAAACGCUAAAAGGCAUAAUGAUAAACUAAAGUCAGAUCAUAUUAAUCAUAUAAAAAGAAGGAACUAUGGAAUCCCGGUCCAAUUUAAAGUUUUCAGUGUCUCACGAUUCUGACUAAUUAGUGAAUAUGAAUUGUUUGACACGGUCUUUUUUUCAGAUUGAUGAUUGGAGUUGACCUAAUAUUUGCUUGGAAUGCAAGUGUUUUUUGGGCUUAAAUAUACAGAGGCUUAUACUGGUAUGCAUUGGACAGAGCUGUCUCAAAUUCCGAGUCAAAGUGCUUCAAUCUCUUGUUGUGCUGCCUGAUUGCCUGAAUAUCUGAGCAGUAGAGUGUGUCACAGGAAAAACACUAUGGAGAAAUUGCAAGCUGAUGUGGAAACCAGAAUUGAACAGGCUCAGAAGCUGACUGCAAAGGUAGAUGAAGAAAGACUCCAGCUUACUGAAACAAUAGACAAACAGAUGUUUGAGCAGCAGUGUAUAGCAUGUAAGUUGAGAUAUCUUAACAGCCAGAAAGAGGGUGUCAGAUUCCGUCUAAUACAUGAAAGAAAGAAAACACUACUCAAAACGGAUCUGCUGCAGGCUGCAGCAACUUCUGGACAAGCUUCGAUUUUCAGACAAUGCUUACAAAAAGAAAACAAUUAAGUCUUGCUUGUCAGCACAUGAGAUGAAUAAACAUAAAUUGUAUUUCCCGAUGGUACAUGGAAGUAAAAGUUUCACCAAGGAAAAGCAGCUUUUAAAAGAGAUCAGAGCGAGUCAGCAGGAGGAUAGUUUUGAUUCAUUUUGGACUCGACUGGAAGAACGUCUUAUUGAUUCUGAAAAUACUUGGUACUGGCAUCAUCUGAAGCAGACCUGGUGGUUACAUCAGCAGGUGUCAUUGUUGAUCCUUGAGAGAGAUUUGGUUGAAGACCGUGAAGGAAACAUCAAAGAACUUGAAAGAAGGAUAGAAAAAUUGGAUAUUGUACUGCAAAAGCAUGGAGAUGAAACCAUUACUAAUAAUACUGCAAAGGCUAAUUUUUUCACUGUUAGUAGAAAAGCUUGGACUUCUUUGGGAGCAAAGAAACCUUACAGGAAUAAAUCAAGCAUGCUGAUGAUGAAAUAAAUGAACUAAGGAGAAGACAUUUGGCUAUGGGGACACAAAUUAGACAGGCUGAGAGAGAACUGCUGACCCUGAACAGGGAUACCGAAUCGUUGAGGGAGAAGUUGCCAGAGAUAAAUCAGAGGAGAACGGAAGCACGCCUAUGCCUUUCCAAACUCCGAAAAACACAAGCAAAAUCGAGAAGAGAUUGGCAAGAAGCUGUCACUAAUGAGCUACUUGAGAAAAAUGAUAUAACAUAUCAUUGUGCAGAGCCAUACAACAUUGUAGAGUAACUCUUGGGGAUGGGGAACUCAAACUUGGGGUACAUGUAUAUAUGAGAAGAGUAUCAUGCACUAAUCCAAUGUAGUUGGUAUCAUGUUUUUCUCCAGUGUACAAUAAAAUUCGUUGAGGAUAUGCACUGAUAUUAUGUGAUAAAUACAGUGAGUGCUCACCAUGCAUAUGUAGGUCUCAACAAAACAAAACUGUGGUGCCAACACUCCGUUUCGAGUUGAUGCUAUAUGUGGGGUUUUAAGUUGCUGUAUCAAAAUGAUCAACCAAUUACUAGUCUAAGAAUUCAUUCAACACUAUUUUUAAUAGCUACUGGGUUGAUCAUUUACCAAUAUAUAUAAAAAGUGUAGAUU